UGAGCGCCUAUGCUGAGAGAGUAGGACGUUUGCUUGUGUGUUCACUUGUGGAGAGAGCAGUAAGCGAUAUAAGCAGCGGCGCCAUGAAUGCAGUGACCUAUGAUGAUGUGCAUGUUAACUUCACUGGGGAAGAAUGGGCUUUGCUGGAUCCUUUACAGAAGAAUCUCUACAAAGAUGUGAUGCUGGAAACAUACAGGAACCUCACUGCUAUAGGCUACAGUUGGGAAGACCAUAUUAUUGAAGAACAUUGUCAAAGUUCUAGAAGACAUAAAAGGUAUGAAAGUAGUCAUAUUGGAGAGAAAACUUUUGAAUAUCCUCAUUGUAGCAAAGACUUUGCAUAUCACAGACAUCUUCAAAGGCAAGAAAGAAUUCAUACUGAAGAGAAAUCCUAUGAAAGUAUUCAGUAUGGUAAAACCUUGGUACAUCACAGUAGUCUCCGAAGAACACAUCCUGGAGAGAAACCCUAUGGAUGUAAUCAAUGUAGUAAAUCUUUUGCACAUCAAAGUAGUCUCCGAGUACAUAAAAGAAUACAUACUGGAGAGAAGCCUUAUGGAUGUAAUCAAUGUAGUAAAUCUUUUGCACAUCAAAGUAGUCUCCGAGUACAUAAAAGAAUACAUACUGGAGAGAAGCCUUAUGUUUGUAAUCAAUGUGGUAAAGCCUUUGCACGUCACUAUCUUCAAAAACAUAAAAGAACACAUACUGGAGAGAAACCCUACAAAUGUCAUCAAUGUGGCAAAGAUUUUGCAGAUCACACUCACCUUCAAGUACAUAAAAGAAUACAUACUGGAGAGAGACCCUAUAAAUGUGAUCAAUGUGGGAAAGCGUUUUCACAAAACAGUAGCCUCCGAAUGCAUAAAAGAACACAUACGGGAGAGAGACCCUAUGAAUGUGAUCAAUGUGGGAAAGCGUUUUCACAAAACAGUAGUCUCCAAAUUCAUAAAAGAACACAUACGGGAGAGAAGCCAUAUGAAUGCAAUCAAUGUGGUGAAGCCUUUGCAUGUUACAGUCGUCUUCGAAUGCAUAAAGGAACACAUACUGGAGAGAAACCCUAUGAAUGUAAUCAAUGUGGUAAAGUUUUUGCACAUCAUAGUAGUCUCCGAGUACAUAAAGGAACACAUACUGGAGAGAAACCCUAUGGAUGUAAUCAAUGUGGUAAAGCCUUUUCAUGUCACAGUAGCCUCCGAAUACAUAAAAGAAUACAUACUGGAGAGAAACCCUAUGAAUGUAACGAAUGUGGUAAGGCCUUUGUAUGUCACAGUAGUCUCCGAAUACAUAAAAGAACACAUACUGGAGAAAAACCCUAUAAAUGUAAUCAGUGUGGUAAAGACUUUGCACGUCAAAGUCAUCUUCAACUACAUAAGAGAACACAUACUGGAGAGAAACCCUACAAAUGUCAUAAAUGUGGUAAAGCCUUUGCAUGUAGCAGUAAUCUUCGAAUUCAUGAGAAAAGAAAAUCAUACUGCGGAAAAGCCCCAUAAAUAUAGUCAUUGUUAUAAACUUUGCUCUUCAUGGUAGUCUUUUGACAUGAGUAAAAUUUAGUAGUUGGUCUGUUCAAGCUUUUAUAUAUCAGUAAUCUUUGAGCCCUUGAAAAUCACUAAUACAGAAGGGAAUCUGACUAUAAGGGAUUUGAUAAGAUCUUUAGCCAACACACCUACAUUCAGCUAAACAGGAUUGUUCUGGUGAAAAGAUCUGGCAGAUGUCAACAAUCUGUUCAAGCAUUAUGAUGACCGUAUGAAUUUAUAUGAGGAGAUAACCCUUUUAGAUUUCACAGUUCUCUUCCAUUACAUGAACUAAUUCAUCCAGGUGUAAACUCUAUGGAUGAGUAUUAAUGCUUUUUCUGUUGCUUUGAUAAAGCAUGUCUAAGUCAGCUUACAGACGAGUUUAACUUGGCCCUUGGUUGCAGCAUCACUAUGAAAAUGGCAUGGCAGAAUUUGUCAGAUGUGGUGGGUACAGCAGAAAGCUAAGAACUCACAUCCUCAGCCUGCACCAUGCAAUACACAGUGGGAUCUGAAAAUAGUGUACAGACGUAAACUCUAAGGCCCAUCCACCCUCGGUGACGUAUUUCUUCCAACAGGACAGCAUUUUCUAAAUCUUCCCAAAUGACGCCACCAAGGAUUAAUUUCUCUGACUUCAAGUUUGCAUGCUUGCUUUCUGUGUCAUGAACCAACUCUGUAAGCAGACCUUCAGAUGCCUCAACACCUGUGUUAAAGUAAUGAAUGCUUGGGAAAAACAUUCAUGAGUGAAAAAUUUUUUAAUGAUUUGUUUUCAUUUUCAUGUUGUGGUAUCAAUGUGUCUCUGUGUGGGUAUGUGCAUGUUUGUGCUCAUUCCCCAAAAGUCUUGUAGCAGGAGGAAUUUCAGGAAGUUGUCAAAAACCUGACCUUGGCCCUGGGAAUGAACCUGUCUUAACUGUGUGGCCGUGCACGUCUCCUACCCUGUAAAUGUUUUAAAGACUUUAUAUGUCAACUUAAUGUUAGAUAAUAGGAAAGAUUCAUACAAGGUAAAAAAAACCUAUUCAUGUAAAUGAUUUCACAAAGAUUUUAAACAUCAAAGUUGUCUUCACUUUCAAGGAAAAAAUGUUGUUUCAUCUCUUUUUCAUCAUAUCCUGAAAGAAGUAAAUUAUUUUUCAUGUUCAUGCAAGUGUAAUGGUGAAGAUAACAAUUGUGGUUGUGCUUUGUGUUUUGAAACAUUUGGAGUAGGUAUGAAAUUUGCAGUACAUGUAGCAAAUUCAUUUAGUGAAGUUUAUUUUGUGGUCCUGCUAUUCCUUGUGUAGCUAUUGUUUUCCUUUUGCACUUUCACUUGGUUGGUAUAUAUUUGCAAUAUAUAGAAUGUGAUGCCCAUCUUUUAAGUGAUCCAUUGUUUAUUUAAACAUCAGGCCAUGUGUCAUCACACUUUUCAAGUAAGGGUGUCUGUGAAAGCGUGUUGGGAUUUUGUUCCUGGUUUUGUUUUUCAUGUAUUCACAAAUUCCCUUGAGAUGUUGUUUUUUGUUGUCUAGCCUGGUGAUGGGGUCUAGCCUCGGAGGGGUUCACAUAUUCCAGGAUAGGAGCAGGAGGAUUUGAAUUAUCAAACAAAAGAAAAAGAGAUAUGAGAGAAACAAAAUACUGAAGAACCAGGAGGGAAAUUCAGUAAAUACUGAAAUCACCUGUGUUUGUUUUCUACAUGUUUAUAUCCUACUCCAAAAAGGGACUGGGGAGGCAACAGACUUCAUUAACAUGAUAUAAGGAAUAAACACAGCAUCUUCAGUCAAGUACUCUGUUGUUUAGACAGGACACAUAACAAUCCACCCUUUGAACAAGUACCUGCAGGCAGCCACUCCCUGGAACUUCCAGCCAAUCUCCUUAACGAAACAGGAAUAGACUUGUAUUCUCUGACCUUUGGUCAAGGUACAGCAGAUCCACCUUUAUACUUAAAAUAUUAAUUCACCACAUCCUUGAUCAGGAUCUCUUGUUUGUAGCCACACCUGUUGUCAGCAACUUUGAGAGAGCAAGAAUAAGCUCAGACUCUCUAACAUUUAGUCAGGGUGAAAUGGACUCACAUCUGUGGGCCCUUGCAGCCUGACUUGGAUAUCUACAAGUAGUCAGGGAUACAUUUCAACUCUUGAUCCAUUUGUCAGUAUCUUGAAUACAAGUCCAAGGCAGAAGAUGUACCCCUGAUGUGUGCUGAUAUUUCUACACAUUUUAACAAUGUUAAUGUUAAAAUGCUUAAUAGAAGAGAACAUAAAAAACAAUAAAUACCUCAUGCAUAUAUCCAAAGAGGCAUUUUCUACUUUCAGGGUGAAAUAUGAUAAAGUAAGAUAAUCAGCACAACAUAUGACACAACAUAGCUAUAUUUGAUAUGGGUGUGGUUGUAUUGGUUGAUGUUCCAUGCGUCUUCAUGCCCCAAUUAGUUAUCUAUUGGGCACUUUAUCUUGAAGUACUGCCUUCUAGGGAAUUUAUCUAAAUAUACCAGAUAACGCAACAGCAAUGGGAUUUACUUUUUUUUUUAAAAAGCCUGGCGUGUGUGUAUGUUGUAUAUACGUGUUAAUACAUGUGUGUGUGUAAAAACCAAUGUAAUUAUCAGUUUUUAGGCCAAGACAGUGUGGAGACGAAAAACAGUUUUGUGGGGUCUACUUUUUACCGUCUUUAUAUGUAUAUCAAGGACAGGUUCCAGCUUUGCACACCAUAGACAUUUUCCAGUGAGCUCCCCCACUGAUUAUCAAAAAAGAUUAGUUGAAACCUUACAUCAAUAAAAUAUUGUCUUUUCAAACUGUAAACAUUGCCGUCUAAGGAUGAUAAAAACAGGAGAGUUUGAAUAAUCAUAAAUGCAAAUGAAAAUGAUGUAUUGCUAUCUUUCUUUUUUCUUUGCUCUUUCUCUCCUUUGAUUGUGUUUGUUUAUUCUGAGGACUAAACAAUUGUUCAUAACAUUUCAUCAGAAGCACAAAUGAAUGCCAGAAAUCUCAGUGGGUAAAAUUGAUUGCUGCUAAGUCUAGUGACCUCAGUUAAAUCGCUGUAAUACUCCUACAAGUUUUUCUCUUAUACCUACACUUGAACUGUGCACUCUCCAAUGCCAGCACAUACAUAAGUAAUUUUUAAAUCCAAAUAAGGGCUAAUGAGGUUACUUUUAGCCAAACCUGACUCCCUAGGUUUCAUCUCUAGACCUCACAGAGAAGUAGAUAACUCACGUAGAGGAAGUAGACAACUGACACCUGUAAAUUACCUCUCACUGUUACAUAGCAUGGGUAUAUACACACACAGUUCAAGCAUUUUUAAGUGACUGAAAUUUUCAAAAGCAAUGAAAAUAACCCAAUUAUUGGGAAUGUAUGAAAUAAUUUUCAAGUUUAAAUUUAUUAUUAUUAUUGUUAUUGUUAUUAUAGAAUUUCAAGGAGUAUUAUUGUCCAUCAAAACAAUAAUGGUUUCUUUGUAAACUUCAUUUUAUUCUUUCAUUAUUCAAAGAUAAGUCAUUUUUAAAAAUCU